CCUUUCGUCUAGCUGCAUUUCUUUCCUUACAUUCCUCCUUCCCUACAUACUCAAAAAUGGACGUAGGAUACACGUACAUUUUUGUACUUACAGAUACGUUUUUUACUAUCUUCCUUUAAGAGUACAGUAUUGUUUUCUUAAGAAGCAGGAAAUGUACAUUUUGACUAAUUUGAGGGUACAAAAUAAAAGAGAAGAGUACACAAUUGUCUUUUUAAAGGGUAUCUCUCCUGUAUUUUUACCCUUUUACGUACACAAUGCUUACUUCUAUUUCUGAGUGUACUUCCUUUAUUCCGUCUUCUUUCCUUCCUUCCCUUUUACCAUCCUUCCUUAUUUAUUCUUCCUUUUACUACCUUCUAUCCUUCCUUCCCUUUGCUUUCCAUCCUUGCCUCCUCUUCUUUCCUUCCCUCCUUAUAUGCACUCAUUACUUAUAACUUACAUAAGGUGUAGAGCUGCAGAGAUGAAUGGAUUAGUUGUUAACUAAAUUAAUCUCAAACUAUUUAUAUAAUCCAUUAAUCAGUUUGAGUCAUUUUUUAUGAUAAAACAGGUACAUUUGUGUGUGUGUGUGUGUGUGUGUGUGUGUGUGUGUGUGUGUGUGUGCGUUUGUGUGUGUGUGUCUGUGUGGUUUUAAGUGUGUAGCUUUGACUAAAGGAUGGAUUGUGUGUUUGCUGACAGGUGAUGCUGUCAGGAUGUCUGACGGGAGGCAGCGAACAUUGUCCACUUCUGGAGAGUCUCUGUACCAGAUCCUGGGUCUGCAGAAAGGCUGUUGCCAUGACGACAUCAAGAAGUCCUACAGGAAGCUGGCGUUGCGUUUCCACCCUGAUAAGAAUCCCGAUAACCCCGAGGCGGCGGAGAAGUUUAAGGAGCUGAACGGCGCCCACGCCGUGCUGUCUGACCUCACCAAGAGGAACAUCUACGACUCGUACGGCUCUCUGGGGCUCUACGUGGCCCAGCAGUUCGGAGAGGACAACGUCAACGCUUACUUCAUGCUGUCCACCUGGUGGGCCAAGGGUCUGUUCCUGGUCUGUGGCGUGCUGACCGGCUGUUACUGCUGCUGCUGUCUCUGCUGCUGCUGUAACUGCUGUUUUGGGAAGCUGAAGCCGACGCCGCCGGGCGAGGGGGGGGGGCCGGACUACGUCUCCCCCGACGACCUGGAGGAAGAGAUACGCAACGACCCCGACGACGACGUGGAAACUCCGAUCGUUCAGCAGCCGACGAACGCCAGCGAGAAAACUCAGCUGAUCACCGACGGACACCGCAGAUACGGGGACACCUACACAUGAAACAGGAAACAGGAAACAGGAUGCAGGAAACGCAUCAGAAGUAAACCGUGAAUUGGAGUUCAUGUUGAAGCAACAGUCCUCAUCUUUCUCUAACUUUAUCUCA